UCCCCUAAUGCGCAAUAACAGAGACCCAAACAAACAACAAAAGAAGGAGAAGAAGCAAAAAGAAAAAAAAAAGCUAAAACAAGAGAAAAGUAAUCUAGUUUCUUGACCCAAAGCGCAAACAAACCGCCUCUGCCUCUUCGCUCAUUCUCUCCCAGAACUUUCCAUUUCAAUUCAACGUUAUGUAUUUGAUCCGUUUCUUCCUUCGUGUCCCCUUUUCUGUUUUCCACGUUUCCUCAAUGGCUUCAUUAUCACUUCUCUUUCUUUUAAGAAGAAGACACGAAUCUUUGCUUCAAUUUCGAAAACCCAUAAAAUCCUCCAUACGUCUAAGAACCUAUUCGUUCUUUUCUGAACGUAGAAGUUAACAGUAGUGGAAUUUUUGUAGCCAUGAGACUGUAUGUAUACGUAUUGCAGGCAAAGGACUUGCUCGUUAGAGACUCAUGUGUGAAGGUACAGGUGGGCAAGCACAAGUCAAAGACUAGACUAUUGAAAAACAACACUAAUCCAGUUUGGAAUGAGGAGUUUGUUUUUAGAGUACAUAAUACUGAUGAGGAAUUGGUUGUGUCUCUCGUCAGUUAUGAUGAUGAUCAUGGGAUGUUCCAUGGGCCUGGAGAGUUGGUGGGUUCGGUUCGGAUUCCAGUUUGGUCAGUUUCAGCAGAGCAUAAUCAUACGCUGCCACCCACUUGGUUUCCUGUUGAAAAACCCCAAACUGGCAAAUAUAUCAAUAUGGAUUCUGGGAAAAUUCUUCUCUCUCUGUCUUUGCAUGGAAAAGGCCAUCGCUCUUCUACCAACUAUUUCCCUUGUGCAAAUUCAAAAAUUAAAAAUGAUGAACAUAAAGAAUUUGAAGGGCCAUUAGUGUCUUCUCAUGGCAUAUAUUGCUCCAAAGCUCCAUUCCUGAAGAUGGCAGAAGGGAAGAAGUUAAUGAAGACAAUUGCGAACCAUUUGGAAAGGGUUUUUAAUAAAAAUGAGGAAGCCUCAAAAACUGAUAAUUCUUCAGAUUCAGCCAGUGCAUCAUCUGAUUUUGAGGAUUGUGUGGAGGAAUUUUCAACAAGCUGUAGCUUUGAAGAAGCUAUGGAGAUCAUGAAGUCAAGUGAAACUGAACAAAUCCCAGAAAACCUCAGUGGAGGCAUUCUUCUUGAUCAGCUUUAUUUGGUAUCCUCAUCUGAUCUGAAUAAGUUUCUUUUUGCUCCAGAUUCCAAGUUUAGGAAGGAACUAGCAGAACUGCAGGGUACAACAGAUGUAGAAGAGGAGCCUUGGACUUGGAAAAAAGGUAAUAUGUCUCAUUUAACGCGAACCGUUACCUAUAAAAAAGCAGCAACAAAGUUAGUUAAGGCUGUUAAGGCCACUGAGGAGCAGACUUAUGUAAGAGCAGAUGGACGGCAAUUUGCUUUGUUGAUAAACGUAAGCACACCAGAUGUUCCAUAUGGAAGCACAUUCAAUGUCAUGUUGCUAUACAAGAUAGUGCCUGGACCAGAACUCUCUUCAGGAGAGGAAUCAUCCCACCUCGUAAUAUCAUGGGGCAUUAACUUCCAUCAAAGUACUAUGAUGAGAGGUAUGAUUGAAGGAGGAGUAAGGCAGGGACUGAAGGAGAGUUUUGAUCAGUUUGCCAACUUGUUGGCUAAAAAUGUUAAGCUGCUAGAUUCCACAGAUUCAUCAGAAAAGAACCAUGUGCUGACAACCUUGGAAGCAGAGCAUGAAUCAGACUGGGAAUUGGCAUCUUAUUACUUUUGGAAUUUCACUGUUCUUUCCACCAUUUUUAUGGUGUCCUAUGUUAUUCUGCAUAUUCUGUUAUGUGAACCAAGAGAAGCCCAAGGUUUGGAAUUUAACGGACUUGCUUUGCCAGAUAGUUUCGGACAGCUUAUUACCUCUGCAAUUUUAGUUAUUCAAGUAGAGGGUGUUUAUUACAUGGUUUCACACUUCAUACAAGCUAGGUUGCAAAGAGGUAGUGAUCAUGGCAUUAGAGCCCAAGGUAGUGGAUGGGUUCUUACUGUGGCAUUAAUUGAAGGUACCAAUUUAGCAUCCUUGGAUUCAACGGGGUUUUCAGAUCCUUAUGUGGCUUUCACUUGUAAUGGUAAAACAAGAACAAGCUCUGUUAAGCUCCAAACAAGCAAUCCCCAAUGGAACGACAUACUUGAGUUUGAUGCUAUGGAAGAACCACCUUCAGUACUAGAUGUGGAAGUUUUUGAUUUUGAUGGCCCAUUUGACCAGGCCACCUCACUUGGGCAUGCUGAGAUCAAUUUUUUGAAGCACUCAUCUACUGAACUGGCAGACAUGUGGAUCUCCCUUGAGGGAAAGCUUGCUCAGUCUUUUCAGUCAAAGUUGCACCUGAGGAUCUUUUUAGAUAAUAACAAUGGUGUUCAAACAAUUAAGGAAUAUUUAACAAAGAUGGAAAAGGAAGUUGGGAAGAAGUUGGAUCUGCGGUCACCUCACAGUAAUUCAACAUUCCAGAAACUGUUUGGGUUGCCACCAGAAGAAUUUCUUAUCAGUGACUUUACCUGCCAUUUGAAAAGAAAAAUGCCUUUGCAGGUGAUAGCUCCAUAUCAACAUGGCAGGCUUUUUUUGUCUCCAAGAAUUGUGGGGUUCUAUGCCAAUUUUUUUGGACAUAAGACAAAAUUUUUCUUUCUUUGGGAAGAUAUUGAAGACAUCCGGGUGCUUCCCCCAUCACUAUCUUCUGUGGGUAGCCCUUCACUGGUGAUAGUUCUGCGAAAGGGUAGAGGUCUUGAUGCAAAGCAUGGGGCAAAGGCUCAGGACGAAGAAGGCAGGCUUAUGUACUUCUUCCAGUCAUUUGUGUCAUUCAAUGUAGCCAGCAGAACGAUUAUGGCCUUGUGGAGAACAAGAACACUGAGCCCUGAGCAGAAAGCUCAGAUUGCAGAGGAGCAGCUGCAGGAGCAAGAAGAAAGUCCCAUCAUGCUUGCAGAUUCUGGAUCUCUUCUUGAAGGUGAAGAGGCAAAGAUGUCCAAAGUUUACUCAGCAGAACUGCCUAUUAGUACAAACUCGCUCAUGGAAAUAUUUGAUGGAGGAAAGAUGGAACAUAAAAUUAUGGAAAAAUCUGGAUGUCUUAAUUAUGCAACUACCACGUGGGAAUCUGUGAAACCUGGCAUUUUCGAACGACAUGUGUCUUAUAAAUUCAAUCGCCAUGUUUCAAUCUUUGGAGGAGAAGUCACCUGCACGCAGCAAAAAUCUCCCAUUGCAGAUGAUAGAGGAUGGAUUGUAAAUGAGGUUAUGGUGCUGCAUAAUGUCCCAUUUGGUGAUCACUUCCGCGUAAAUUUUAGGUACCAGAUUGAGCAAUGUACCCUUGCUCAUAGUGCAUGCAAGUGUGACGUUUAUGUGGGGACAAACUGGUUGAAGAGCACCAAGUUCCAGCAGAGGAUCACUCGAAACAUAACUGAGAAAUUCACACAUAGAUUGAAGGAGAUAUUUGAAUUGCUUGAAAGAGAGGUUCUUUUUUCGAUUAAACAGGAUACCCCUAUUUGACAAGAAAAUUUACUUGUAUAGCUGAAAAAUUAAUUAAAGUCUGGACUCAUUUAUAUUUAUGGCAUGAGAUGUACCCCAACCUAACAAUGACAAUCUUGUACGAAAUCACUAAUUCCUUGUCAUAUAGGCAAGUCUCGUGUAGGUCAGUGAAGGUGUGGAACAGGUGCAAUCCUAGACAAUGUGAGAUUUAUCCAUUUUUUGAUAAAAUUUCAUUUGAGUGGACUUUUUUUUAUUAAUUAUAA